UCAUGCUGCUGCCAGGUCCCAGAGUCUUCAUGUGGUCCCUGUAACUGCCUCCCAUUGCUUGCUGUCUCCAUCGCCACAAUCUCUGCCAAUGUGCCACUUUCAGGUCUCCUCACACUGCUGGUGUGUUCCAUUUUUUGUCAUAGGGUGCUGGCAGAUUACGGGCCUCCCAUAGCUGCUGCCAGGCCCCUAAUCUGCCAUGGGCCCCUAUACCGCCUCCUCAUGCUGCUGCCAGGUCCAGAGUCUCUCAUGGGUCCCUGUACGGCCUCCCAUUGCUGCUGUCUCCAUCGCCACACUCUGCCAUGUGCCACUUUCAGGUCUCCUCACACUGCUGGUGGGUUCCAUUUUUUG